AUGGCUGUAAGUGUUGACAGCACCGAAAUUUUUAGCAAUCUGUCUUCAAAAAUUGGAAAUUUACUAUUCGGACGUACAGAAGGCGAUUGGAAUAUACUCAGUAAAACUCUAGACGAGUUAAAUUCCAUUAACUACCGUUAUACCGUGGUAACAAGUCCUACUAAAGCUGUUUUAUUAGUCAACCAAUGCUGCAGUUUUAUACCUACCGAUGACAAAGUUUUAAUUAGGAAAUGUAGUCAAUUGUUGUGCAAUCUUGUCAAUCGACAAAAUGUUAUCGUGGAAGGUAGGACGUUGACCAUUUCUGUGCAGUGGUGUUUGAAAAGCCUUAAAAUAAAGGAUGAUGUUGUGAUUUUGGAUAUUUUACAAGCACUAGAAGCAUUGCUAAGAACUAAUGUUAAUAACAUAAGUUCACAUACCAACUGUGUUACAAAGGAUAUAUGUUUACUCAUACAGAACAGGAAAGAAGAAUGUUCAUUGGAAACUUUAUUAUUAUGUUUACAGUGUUUGGAAGCUUGUACUGCUGUGCCUAGCGAUUACAAGUCAAAAAAUAAUGAUGAUUUUUCUGUUCAUUUCGAUUUAUGCGCUAAGAUGUUUAUGUAUUAUUUAAGUAAAAAGCCUAUUGCUUUCGAUGACGUAAUAUACAGCAGAGUAUUAAAAGUUUGUCUAAGUGGACUUCAAAAUGUAAUAAUUCAAGAUCCAGUUUAUCUAACGCAGCAAUUAGGUGCCUUACUAGGAGUUAUAAAAACGUACAUGUUAUAUGGUAUCAGAGGCGUUGAUUAUAUAGUGCCACAAAAAAUACUACCCUCUACAUUAAGUGUACCGGAGGUACCUAACAAUGUUCUUAGAGAAAAAAAAGGAGGAAAGCUUACAAAGCAGAGAAAACACAGAUCAUCUGGUGCUAACAAAAAACAAACUCGAAAUACAGAGGAAUUGGUUUUCGAGAACAAAACGACGGGAUACACACCUGCUACUACCUCGUUAGAAUACAAUUCUGACGGUGGCACGAAUUGCCCAGUGGACUCAAGUAGUAGGAUAAAAACAAGCGAUUCGGACUUUUCCGAUAGUGAAGCGGGAAGGACCGCAAAAGUUGGUCACGUUCAUAGCAAAAUACGACAGGCCGCUUUAUAUUUGUUCUACGACGUUGUUAAGCAAAGCGACAAGGCAAUGAUAUUUUCGUACUGGACGAGUUUCAUUCCAGAAGGAACGAUAUGCGGACAGCACAAUUUAGUAACGUGUAUUUUGAAAGAUCCGUCACCCAGGGGUAGAAUGGCUGCGCUAAACGUUCUGUUACUGCUUCUGACCAGCUCGAAAUUAUAUCUGUCACAAGCGGAAUCGUGUGAAAAAUCCACAUCGUUCACUCCGUUCUCCGUUAUACUGGGCUUCAUGUUGAAGGAACUCCACAAAGGACUUAGCCUGGCAUUGAACGAGAUGUCGAUCCCUGUUCUAACGCAAGUUCUGAAGUGUUUCGCUGCUCUAGUACAGGCCACUCCUUAUCACAGGAUGUCCCAAGGCGUUAUCACUAAAGUCAUCCGAAACGUCAAGAGUUUUGUUUAUUACAAAGAUGCAUCCGUUCAAGUGACUGCUCUGAUUGUUCUCGGGUGCAUUCUCGCCUCGGAGCCGGCGAUACUGGAGACUAAAGAUGCGAUGUUAAGACUGAAAAAAGUUCCGGGGAGUUUCUCGGAAAAUAAACGGAAAGACAAAGAAAAAGAAACCGAAAAUUCGGUAGGGGAUACCUUUGACUUUGCUGAAUUUUCCGAUCCCGAAGAAGAGGAAUGCGUUAAUAACGAUACCAUUCCCUGGCUGCUUAAAAGGUGUUUGAAUAAUUUGGGCGUAAAUUUCCAGACCUUGCCGAUGUGUACCGAACAGAAGAACGUAAUAAUACCGGCACCAGUAAAACUAGAAUCUCUACAAGUACUGUCCGCCAUGAGCCGAAAUUAUUUUGACGUGCUGAUGGCGCCACAUAUCACCCACAUUGUCCGAGCUCUAGAUAUAUCGCUCUCUGACAGAUACACGGAUCUGAGACUGCACGCGGGACGGGCGGUGGACUUUUUAGGGCAGGCGAUGAACAGGUACAUCAGCAGCGAAGAUACCAAGGAUGUGGUUUCCAUAGAACAGUGCCUACAGUUUUGGCAAACGUUGCUGAACGGGUCACUAAUCGAACUCCUGCAAAGCGAACAACACGCCAUUUUGAGAGCGGUGGGUUGCGAUUGUCUAGGAAGCGUGGGGGCCCAAAUAUUUGAGCAACUACCGAGAGAUAAACAGAUUUUGUGUGUAACUUUGUUAUUUUCGUGUACGAGAGACGAGGAAAACAGCGUUAAAGGCGCCGCUGUCAGAGCUCUUGCCAUAUGUGUGCUGUAUCCGUCUCUUAGAGAAGACCCUGGGUUUGUAGUCGAUACAGCAGAAGCAAUUUAUCGUACAUUGAAAGACGAAAAUCUGAUGGUUAGAGUAAAAGCUUCUUGGUCCCUGGGAAAUCUAAGUGACGCUUUAGUUUUGAACAGCAAAUCUGGGGAAAACACCGAAGACCUACCCGAAAACUUUGUACUGAAGUUGCUUCAAGCCAGCAUCAGCGGAGCGUCCGACAACGAUAAAAUAAAAAUGAACACCGUACGCGCCAUAGGGAAUUUGUUGCAACUGAUCACUUUGGAAUUGAUAAAAAAAGUUGAGUUUGCUGAAGUCACCGAGCAAGCUUUCGCCACUUUGGUGAAGACGAGUACGACGGGGUCUAAUAUGAAGGUGCGAUGGAACGCCUGCUACGCCUUAGGAAACGCCAUGAAAAAUCCUGCGUUGUACCAGGAUGCCGUCAUUUUGUCUCGUAAUUGGCAGGCGUCCGCCUUUAAUUCCUUGAUGGAGCUGGUCAUGGGUUUUCGCAACUUCAAAGUAAGGAUAAACGCGGCCGUUGCUUUGUCGUGUCCUACAGAGCGAGAACACUACGGUCAGUUCUUCCUAUCCGUAUGGGUGUCUCUUCUUAGAGCAUUGGAGAAUUCACACAACAUGGAAGAUUUCAGUGAAUACAAACACAGAGAUCACCUCGUUGAACAGAUCUGUCUGGCAUUAGGUCAUCUCACCACGUUGCUCCAAAAAGAUGAUCUGCUGCAACUGGAAGACACGAUCGAGCUGUACUUCGACACUUUCAAAUCGCAUACUCAUAAGGUUUUAGAGAGGCUGGUUCCUGAAAGGUCCACGACGCUUUUUUCCACUUCUUACACUUUGUCCACUUUGUACAAGCAGACCGAUUUAAACGCGAAGCAGAAAUGUGUUUUACAACGUUUAAUGGAUAUUUUCGUGCCAGAGUUUUAAAUUGUGAUUUAUCCUUUUUUAUUAUGAAGUAUACGUUUUAUCGAGUAA